ACAAAGCUCACGUGUUUUUGACACGCCAUCAGUUGAUGGCACGAAGAAAGGAACGAAAAAAUACCUACCAACUUGUUUUCCCAAUUUUUUUUGCGACGCUUUCAUUACUAUAUGUUGUCCAAAACAUUUUUCAUUAUUUAACAUUUUUAAUGUCUGGUAGCAAUAUAGAAGAGAACUUUUAUUUUUACAAAUCGGGCCAGGCUUCAAAGAGCUUUAACAACCGCCUAAAGAGCCUCGGCAAGCAUGUUCCAACAUUACUAACAAAGUGCGAAAAGCGCAUGCGCCAUAUGUGCAGUACACUGCGCUCGAAACUCAACUGGAUGGAGCAGAUGAAUUGUCCAAAGGCGCUCGAACAGUGGAAAGGCGAGGCAGGCACAUCCGAAAUUAAGCAUGUAUUCGACGAGCUCAAAUGCCACAAAAUAAUGCAUGUUCCUGGAAGCCACACACACAUUAGCGCAGUCGACAUGGUGUGGUACUCAGACACACGAGAUCAAGUGUUGUCGCUUGUUGACCCGUCGCUGUAUGUGCUGGACUACGAGCGCUCGAGCAUACUCCCUGAGCCCAUCAAGUCGCCGGUUGACUCGCUGAAAUACUGCGCAUUGGGCCACUUUCCGCUUACGCUCGCUGGCUGGAAACAAACCAUCGAUUCAAUGCCCAGAGUCAGCAGCACAGCGCCUGCAUACACCGUUCCAUCUCCAGAAAUAUGGUCUGCCUCAAAAAAGUUUAGCUGGCUGCCCUCAGAGUUCUAUGUUGAUACCGAUGGCACGACCAGUAUAAAGUCCUAUAUCAACAACUUACACCCGGUCAAACAUGCCGAAAUGUACCCAAUAAUUGCUAAAGCUUUUUCUAGAUUUGUGCCGAUAUUCGAGCAGGUCAUCACCGACGCAGUCUACCCGCAGCCAUAUCACAUUGAAAACAACAGGGGCAUGUGGUACAGUACCUCGACUAAAUUUCCUUGCGACCACGGGGCUAAAGACUAUAAAGAAAAGUACGAAAAAUGGAAGGCCGCCGUUAAUUUCAAGGAUGCCACACCAUGUACUCCUGUGGUAUUCCACCGCCCAAUUCCGCCGCAGAGCCUGCGCAACCGGCAGCUCCAAGUGGUAGUCAAAAUGAGCAACAUUAUGCUGACUCCCGAAUUACCCGAAUACAAUGGAGACAACUGGCAUGUAGAGGCAAUGUCCAAUGAGCGCAUAAUUGCGACGGGCGUUUUUUAUUAUGACGUGCACAACACUACUAAGGGCACGAUUUCAUUCAGAGAGAGAGACCCAAGCAGCGACACUGAGACUCUGACGCAAGAGCUUGGCCAAAUAAACAUUAAAGAUGGACUCUGCUUUGCGUUCCCCAACUCUUACCAGCACAAACUGUCCGGAUUCAAAUUAGAUAAUCCGUCCAAACCAGGUCACCACAAGAUGCUGCAGUUUUACUUAAUCGAUCCCUCGACCAGAAUACUAUCGACUGAAAUUGUCCCGCCGCAACAGAAAAGCUGGUGGGCUGAACAAGUACUUUCCACGAAACCAAUCUGCUUAUUGCCGCUUGUAGUCGCUGACAUUAUACUGGAUAAUAUUGACUAUCCGUUUUCUGCCAAGGACGCAAAGAGCACCCGCGACGAAACCACCAAAGAGCGCAGGAAAAUAAACGAGCGCAUGAAUAUGGCCUACUUUGUGCCCACGUUUGUUUUUGAUGAAGACGAUUACAGAAGCUAAUAAAUACCAACAAUUAAACUGCAUGUGUAUUUAUUUUGUGUUUACGCCAGAAAUUCCCAUUUUUCCGAGCGUUGAUCUUCCUAGCGGCCGGAUUUGUGCGCCAGGUGUGUGUGCCUCGGCGGCCGACCCCGAUUCU